AUGUCCUCGACCCAGACCACAACCACCACAACCGCCACUGGGGUCGGCACGAUUCUCACCCGUGGCGGUGAAGUCCUCUACGGCGGUAACCAAAGGAUCGGGACUGUCCCGGUCGAAGAGAGCGACGCCCUCCCCGAGCGGCCGACCAGCGACAACCCUCGUCCCCCCAACUGGCCCCAGAUCCGCGGCUCGCCUGAUUUUGUUCCCAACAGCGAUGUACCACUAUCCGAGCUCCCUCUUGGCGAUGACAAUGCCACGUCUGCUUUCAUCUUCGUCAUGUUCACCGGUAUCCAGGUAGUUGGUACCUCGAACUGGUUGUGGCGAAGCACCUUCGGCAGGGUGACGGACGAGGUUUUCAAGUUCAAGGUGGGAGGCCACUGGUAG